UAUUUCAAGGGGGACUUGGAUCUGGGAAGUGUGAACACAGUGAACAUUAACAGUCAAUUUCUUCAUACCGAAAGUUGUGUUGUGUAGACUGAGGUGUGUUUCCGUAGAUACGUGCGAUACCCAAGUUAAGCGUGAAAGCAGUAUGUUUAUCUUAUGAACAUUAAUAUCCAGUGGUUUGGGAUCAAAUUAAAAAUUAGGAAAUACGUCUAAACUGUCUACGUAAAAGAAGUUAGCUGAUAAUGAGGAGGCGGGCUGGAGUUGGUGCUAUACAAAAGCAAAGACUGGAACAAGAGAAAUACAAAGACAAGGGCACUGAACUGCAGGAAAAUCAGUUGGAGCAAAUGACGAAACAGCUUGAAGUUUUCCGAGCAAAUCUUGAAGAAUUCGCAUCCAAACAUAAAAAAGAAAUCAAGAAAAACGCCCAAUUCAGAAGACAGUUUCAGGAAAUGUGUGCAUCAAUUGGCGUCGACCCUUUGGCGUCCGGAAAAGGCUUCUGGUCGGUUCUCGGAAUCGGCGACUUUUACUAUGAACUAAGUGUACAAAUAGUGGAAGUCUGUUUAGCAACCAACUACAAAAACGGUGGUCUUAUUAGUUUAGACGAACUAAGACACCGUUUGAUACAAGCUAGAGGCAAGAAUAAACAGCAUCAGGAUAUUACAGUAGACGACCUUCUAAGUGCAGCGAAAAAACUUAGAAUUUUUGGAGACGGAUUUUCUGUUGUACCAAUUGGUAAAGGACAGUACUUAGUUCAGUCAGUACCAGGUGAACUCAGUAUGGACCAUACAGCUGUUCUGCAACAAGCUGCUAAUAGUGGGAAAGCAAAUGUCUCUGUAUCCGACUUACAGGAUCAGUUGCGGUGGGAGAGAAACCGUGCUCAAAAAGCACUCGAUUAUAUGGUCAAAGAAGGUCUUGCUUGGAUUGACACGCAAGAUGUUAAAGAUGUAUUAUAUUGGUUUCCAAGUUUAUUUGCUGCCUGUGUAUCUGCUGCUUAAUACAGAAUUGUCAAGAAUCAAAGCAAAUUUCAUCUGUUCAGACUAUUAAUGUACUUUACGUAAAAUAUUAUUGGCGUUAGAAAAUAAAAUAUAUUGUACAUGAUGUGAUGUGUUUCUUGUUGCAAAUGUAUGACCAUUGUCAGGCAUUUAUUUUAACAAUUGCAGUACUGCUGUUCAAGUACAUA